CUUAAGCUGUUGAAACUUUGAGAAAACAGCGAAAUCUGGCUGCGAUCAUUGUUGUUAGACCGGCUCCUGGUGGAUUUGGGUAAUGUGCCAUGCAGGGAGAAUGUUUGUAAUACAAAGUAACAGGCUUCAACCAAGGACAAUGAUGUGCAGGACUCACUCCUGAUUAUAAUGUGUUUCUAGUGUGUCUACCAUAUGGAUGGGGACCUGUUGCAGUCAGCAGACUCUCUCUAUAGCACUUGGACAAAGAGACUCCCGCAGAGAUUAGUUAAACAUCUACUAACAUUAUUCCGUUAAGGUUCACUCGGUGGCCCUAGGUUGGCAGUGUGCCACAUUAAGGACACUGGUUGCGUUUUUACAGUUUAGCUAGCAUAUCUCUGAUGUUGUGGUCCUUUGCUCUGUGUGAAGGGCAGGGUUACCCCUGUUGAGGAGAAUCAAAUGAGGGUUCAGGCUUCUAAUCUGCCCUCCUGUUGUUCCCUCUCCUAUCAUGCCUUUGCCAUCUCUUCUGCUUGCCUGCCUCCCAUUCCAGCUCCCACCACUGCCCACGGGACUCUGGGCUGGGGAUUAAAAGAGCUGCUGGAGCAGGAUAAGGUGUACCAGGCUUGUAAAGACAAGGAUCAGAGCAGGAGGCUAGAGAAGGUCCGUGAGGAGCUGGUCAAACUCAAGUCCUUUGUCCUGAUGCUGGUGGACGAGCGGCAGCUCCACAUCGAGCAGAUCGACCAGCAGAGCCAGAAGGUCCAGGACCUCAGCAGCGAGCUCCAGGAGAGAGAACAGCGACUGGUCGCUGUCAGCGGCAACGCCAAGGAGGACAGCCAGAAGGUCCUCAAACUCGAGGCGGAGCUAGAGUGCAAAGCCACCAAGUUCACCCAAGAGCGUGAGGAGAUGACUGCCAAGCUGGCCAACCAGGAGUCCCAGAGCCGACAGCUCCGCCUGAAGCUGGCAAGCCUGGCCCACAGGAUCGAGGAGCUGGAGGAAAGCAACAAGGCACUGCAGAAGUCAGAGGAAGACCUCAUAGAGCUGAGGGACAAGAUCAGCAAGGGGGGGUGUGGGAACUCCAGCCUCAUGGCAGAGCUGGAGACACUGCGCAAGAGAGUCCUGGAGAUGGAGGGCAAGGAUGAGGAGAUCACCAAGACAGAGAGCCAAGCCAGGGAGCUGAGGAAGAGGCUACAAGACGAGGAGACCACUGGCCGGGAGCUGAGGCUGGAGGUGGAAAAAUUGCAAAAGAGAAUGGGGGAGCUGGAGAAACUGGAGAGAACUUUCAACAUGAACAAAUCAGAGUGUGCAACACUUCAUGUUAACAUAGUAAGAGAGAAAGGACUGGCAAAUGACUUAGCUGGUGAGCUGGACACAGUUAAAAAACGUAUGAAAGAACUGGAGAACUCUGAAUCGAGACUUGAGAAAGCAGAGAUGGGCCUAAAGGAUGACCUGAUGAAGCUGAAGUCAUUUACAGUGAUACUAGUGGAUGAGAGGAAGAACAUGACUGAGAGAAUUAAACAGGAGGAGCUAAAGAGCGAUGAUUUAAAUAAGAUGUUCAAAACUGAGCAGGGUAAGGUUAUGGAAGUCACAGAAAAGUUGAUUGAGGAGAGCAAAAAGUUCCUCAGACUGAAAUCAGAAAUGGAGGUAAAAGUGACGUCUCUUACUAAAGAGAAAGAUGAACUGAAAACGAAACUCGCAAGUGAAGCGGAAAAGUGCAGGGAUCUUAGAUUCAAGGUCGACGUGAUGAAAAAACAAAUGAAGGGGCUAGAUGAGGCAGAAAGAGAAUCAUUAAAAAGCAGAGCUAAUAAGGACAAAAUAUCCCUAGCUGAGCACAACAAAGUCAAGGAGCUAACGCAGGAAAUCGAAAGACUCAAAAACCGCCUAAAACAGCUAGAGGUGGUGGAAGGUGACCUGAUGAAGACAGAGGACGAGUACGAAUUACUGGAGAAGAAGUUCCGAACGGAGCACGACAAGGCCAAUGUUCUCGCUCAGCUGCUGGAUGAGAUGAAGAGUCAGACCGCCAUGAACAAGGCCAUAGAGAAGGGAGAGGCGGUGAGCCAGGAGGCUGAGUUAAGGAUGCGCUGCAAAAUAGAAGAGGCCAGAACCAGAGACCUGCAGGCAGACGUCCAGGCUCUCAAAGAGAAGAUCCACGAGCUGAUGAACAAGGAGGACCAGCUCUCCCAGCUGCAGGUAGACUACUCCCUCCUCCAGCAGAGGUUCCAGGAGGAGGACGACAAGAAGAAGAGCCUGAGCCAGGAUGUGGUCAACCUCACCAAAGAGCUGGAGGUCACCAAGCGCUACAGCCGCGCCCUGCGUCCCAGUAUGAAUGGGAGGAGGAUAGUAGAUGUCCCAGUCACCUCCACCGCAGUGCAGACAGACGUAGUGGUCAAUGAGCCUGUUGAGGAGGACACACCUGCAGUGUUCAUCAGGAAAUCUGUCCUGGAGGAGAACCAUAUUAUGAGCAACCUGAGGCAGAGGGGUCUAAAGAAGCCUGCAACCGUGCUGGAGCGCUACCCCCCUGCAGCCACUGAUCUGGGCCUGAGAAAAUCUUGGAUACCUUGGAUGAAAAAGAAUGAUGCAGUGACGAUCACUCAGACCACCCCAGAGAAGACCCUAUCCCCUCAGGUUAAUGGGGACUGUUCCGCUCGUCCACCCGAGCUGACCAUGUCCCAAAAGCCAGGCCAGCCGCUGCACAUCCGAGUGACCCCCGAUCACGAGAAAAGCACUGCCUCCUUGAAGAUCACUGGCCCUCGUGCUGAGGACUUCUUCUCCAGCACCACCAUCAUCCCCACCCUGGGCCUUCAGAGGCCCCGCAUCACCAUUGUUCCCAAGCCCACCACCGUGUCCUCAAAGAGCAAGCCAGGUGAGGGCAUGAUGGGUGGGCCUGAGCGGUGCAAGUCUCCAGUCACCAUCACCACCAUCUCCAGGGCCAAGUCCCCAGACAGGAAUAAGGGCUCCUCCUACUCAGACUCGAACAGACCUCUCUCCCCUGUCUCCAUAAUCACAGUGAACACCACUCCAGUGGCCUUUGCCUCCACAUCCCCCGAGACCCAUGACAUGAGCACCAUGGGCCGGGCUGUGUUCAAGGUGACCCCAGAGAAGCAGUCGUUGCCCACGCCUGUCCGAAACUACAACUCCAAUGUCAGUAUCAUCACCACCACAGAGGACAACAAGAUCCACAUCCAUCUGGGAGCUCAGUUCAAGAGGCCAUCACACCGUAGCAGUAGCAGCCCCACGGUGACAGUAAGGCCCCUUAGUGUGAGCACAGAGAGCAAGGAGGCACCCACAGGUACGGUGAUGCGCUCCCCAUGUCAACCCAACAACACCACCAUGCCUGGGAAGACUACGCCAAGCAAAUUGACCAGCAGCAUCACCAUCACCCCCAUCACCUCUGCCCUCUCCAGGCCAACUCAGUCUGUGUUGCUUCUUAAAUGUUUCAAAAUGAUAUCAGGCGGGGUCUGCUCCCUAGAUAGCACUGUUUCCAGGUAUACCAAAAUAAAUACACUUCUUAUAUUACGUGUUACUGUACCAAUACUAACACUGGAAUGAAUUGAGAUGCAUAUCCCCAACAUAAACAGGCCACUCUUAAAGGGCCUUGUUUUGACACACCAGUUUCUACAGGCACAAACUGACAUGUUCCUUCCUUUUAACCCAAAACAGACCAGUGAUGACCAAUUUGGAUGUUUGACUACUAAAGUGGGCUGACCUGCACAUCAGCAAUAAGACCAGCUUAUUGUAGUGUAUAAUAUCUUAUCCCAAGUUCUGUUAAUGGGAUGCUAGCUUUGAAAGGCACUUUCCUAAGUGUGAGGUGAGCUAUGGUAACAUUGUGGCAUUUCAUACAGCUAGAUUUAAAAGAAGCUCUUUAUGGAUGGAAGCUUUUUGAAAGAUAAGAAAUGCAACACUUAUAUUGCAAUUCUAAUGAAAACCAAUAUCCAAGAUGGCCAACUUUUGUCAUCCCUCUUGAAUCGGUGUGAAUGUAUUUCUUUCAUUUACAUGUAAUUCUGCAACACUUGUUUUAACAAUGAUCAAAUUCACAGCAACAAGUAUAUAGCUUGCCAGCUUGAAUUUAGUUCCACCAAAUGUACACAAAGUUGUUCUUGUUGCUAUUGUGUGUGCUUGUCUAUGAUAAUAAUACUUGAAAAAACCUUUUCUGUCUGUGCUUUUGUCUUACUUUGUGAUU